CUGCGACCAGCUUCGAAGGAAUCUCUUGAAGUACUUGCAUGGGUGCACAGCGAAUAGUUGGUACCCGGGUCGCCUCAUGGAGCCGUCUGGCACCCUGCAGGCAAUGGUCGAGCUCGACCACCCUGGCUUCAGGCCAUAACCGAUGGUCCAAGAUCCGACAUGACAAAGGGAAAAAUGACGCCAUGAAGAGCAAGGCAAGGACGGUGCUAUCGCACAGUAUCAUUCUUGCCUCGAAAAUGGGCGGUCCUGACCCGGCAUUGAACUCAUCACUAGCAAUCGCCAUCAACAAUGCGAAACGGAACCAACUCUCCAAAGACACAAUCCAAGCCGCAAUCCUCAAAGGCCAAGGCAAAUCCCUGAGUGGCCUACCUCUCGAAUCUGUCGUCAUUGAAGCCAUCCUCCCCCACGGUGUCGCGGCCAUUAUUGAAUGCGAAAGCGACAAUAAAGCCCGCACGCUACAAGAUAUCCGUCUCAUUGUACAUAAAGCCGGAGGAACAAUCACACCCACGGCGUUUCUGUUUGAGAGGAAGGGACGAAUUCAGUUUGAAGAACAGGACAAGGUCGGGGUGGAUGAUGCAUUGGAAGAAGCGAUUGAAGCUGGAGCAAUGGAUCUUGUGUCUGAAGACGGCAGACUGGUGGUUGAGACAGCCCCGUCUGAGGUCUCUGCUGUUGCUGAGCGUCUGAGUCAGUCGUUGAAUCUGUCGGUCGACAAGGCUGAGAUUGUCUACGUCCCGAACGAGGAUUCGUUGGUCUCUUUGACGGAAGAGCAGGAAGGCGACUUACACCGGAUACUAGAGUCGUUGGAGAACGAUAAUAGUUUUCAAAAUUUGUAUAUUAAUGCUGCGGGACAAUAGAUUAUAGAUAUAUAUAUCAAAUCCUAGAAGGCAAUCCGUUGUCGUCCUCACCUUGACUCAAA